AUGGUACUCCAACAAAAUGUCACGUGCAAUGAUCCAUCCAUCCAGUCAUACAUCACCAACCUGACCUCGUCCUACACGGACAAGAGCAAUGAGGCCUCCAUGGUGUCCGCCUCCGUCAUCAUGUUCGUUCUCGCCGGCCUCUUCUUCAACCUCAACCUCUUCAGCGGCCUCUCCGACGUGAGUGCCAUCUUGGACCCCAAGGUGCGCCUCGUGCUCACCUCGGCGCUCUCGCUCUUCCUCCCCGUCAUGUCCUACCUCUUCUCCGAGGCAAAGAACGCCGGCGCCGCCAUGGCGAUGACUUCAUCACACUCGGCCUCCACAGGAGCAAAUGACUUCUCCCUGCGGGCGGGACUCAUCCUUAUAUGGAUGCUUCUCGUAGAGCUACUCCGCAAGAAGGUGGAUGACAUCCGGUGGCGGGGAUACUCAAGCACCAUCCAGCGCGCCGGCCGCGUCGUGUGGCUGGGCAGCCUCGUCUUCUUCAACAUCCGGAGUGCUGGGCGGAAGGCGGUGUUCGCCAUCCUCUGGAUCCUUUGCGCUAUUAAGGUGGUGCAAAGGAUUGCCUUCACCGAGGUCGCAAAACGCUCGUACGUCCAUGGCAAGAACGCCCGGCUUAUUACCUCCUACAUGACGCAGAUGCUCAAACCUGACCAACAAGCCGUCGAUGUGGAGGGUGCCGCUGCUCCGCUCCUCUCUGGAGAAGAGCUAUUGAAGAGGUGCAACUACAUUGUGACAGGGGAAGAUUACAUGGUGAAGGAAGCCACGGCAGAUGGCUAUGAGUUGAACUUGGACUUGGAUGGUCCUGCUAGUGCCAUCACUGUAAGUAAAAUCUGGCAGCUAGAUGACGACUACGAGAGUGACCGGACCUUCAUCGACUUCGACCGUGAUCAACGCCUCAGGAGGCUCUGCCUCUCCUUUGCACUCUUUAAGCUGCUCCGGAGAAGGCUCCAACAUCUGGAAGAGAUCAAGGAGGAGGAAGCCCGCGACUGCAAGAACCUCAUCUUCAGAGGCCUAUGCAGGUGCAAGAAUGGCGAGGGCUCGGAGGAGGCACUGUUCCAAUUAAUGAACGACGAGCUCAACUUUCUUUGUGAGUACUACCACUCCGUCGUCCCAGUUGUCAUGGCCAGCCCCCUCUUCUUACUCGCAAACUACUUGUUGCUCCCUAUCACCGUGUUUGGCCUUUGCCUCAUGACGAUCAUUCUUUGUGGCUAUGGGGACGUGAGCUAUGCGUUCUAUAGCAUCCACACUGACAACUUCGCCCUACAUUCUGGCCUACCAACACUGGCCAGAUGCCUCCUGGACGGUGCUAGAGCAUCACCCCCAACCUUUUUCUCCUUGGUAGACCUCUCCAUCACAUGUCUUCUCUUCAUCAUCUUCUUCUAUGAGGAAAUUUGGGAGUUCCUUGUCUUCCUCCUCUCCAACUGGUUCAUGAUAUCACUUAUCAGGAACUACGCGUCCAAUCCCAGAUGGCGUGUGAGCCCAACCAUUACUGGCACCUUCCGUCGUCUCAUGUGGCUUCGGAGUAAGAUGAGCCAUGAGAGUGUUUGCUUUAGGCAGUUCUCUGUGUUGAACCUUCGCUGGCCAGUCAUAUUUGGGGUACCGACCACACUUUCCUUGAUGGUGCAAACUGUGCCCGUGCCGACCAAAGUGAAGCAUUCCAUCAAGGAAUACCUCUUGGCACAUGAUCAUGACCAUGGUCUUACCAAUGGAAAGUCCGCAUUGCAGAAGAAUCACAUGUCUAGUCUCUCAUGGGCGUGCGAGAGUAAGAGCAUUUCCGAGGUCAUCCUCACCUGGCACAUCGCCACCAGCCUCUUUGAGGAUAGGUGCCCGCCUAAGAGCAAGGACGGGGCAGCCAUGUGCAAAGCUGCGACAACGUUGUCCAAGUACUGCGCAUACCUAGUGGCCUUCCACCCGGAACUGCUACCGGACAAUGAGGAGAAGACCGAGGCUGUCUUUGAAGUUGUCAAGGAGGAGCUCAAGGCCAAGCUCGGGUGCGGGGAGUACUACUUUACACGUCGGCGUUUCCGAGUCGACAAGAUUAUGGAAACUGGGCUAGCACAGGGUAUCUGGACAGAAAAGAAGAUGGUGAAGAAUGGGGCAACACUGGCUAAAGCAUUAGUAGCAGUUGUGAAUAACGACCAAGGAGCUGUGUGGAAGAUGUUGGCCGACCUAUGGACGGAACUUGUCGUCUAUGUGGCGCCAUCGAGUGAUGAGGAUCGCAUCAAAGGGCACCAGAAGGUGCUAGUACACAGAGGUGAGUUUGUCACCAUGCUUUGGGCCCUGGCCACACAUAUUGGCUUAUACCGCAUGACCACCCACCUCGCAGUGCAGCCGGGCCAAAGUUGA